UAUAUUGUGGGCAGCAGUACUGCCAGCUCUAGAUCCAUCCGCAAUUUGGAAAUAAAUAAAAUAGAUGUUAAUGAAGUGCAAAUGUUGUUAAAAUUCGAUUAGUUGGCUAACGAAAUGAUUUGUCGCUUGUGCUUGAACCCAUUGAACGAGCAGAACACCGUGCUGCUCUUCACUGGCGGCGACAACGAGGCAUCUAACAGCGACAACAAGACAAUACCGGAAAACUAUUUGGUUCAAUUGAUAUCAACGCAUUUAUAUCUAUGCCUGUCGCGCGACGAUGCCAUUUCCACAUCCAUUUGCACGGACUGCCGUGCGCAACUGGAGAGUUUUCACAACUUCUGGAAGCUGGUGGAGCAUAAGCAGACAACGCUCUGCAGCCAGUUCUUGGAGAUUGACUGCGACGUUAAUUGGUCCGAGGAGGGAGAUGCGGAGCAGCAGCAGAUGCAGCACCCGUUAUCCCUAGUCGAUUACGAGCAGGACGCCGACCCAGACCUUGAGCAGGAGGCGGUCGGCGAUGAUACUCCAGCAGUUUACGACGUCAAAGAUGAAACCGAAUUUCACGAAUCUUACCUUAAGGUCGACCCCAAGGCAGCAGCCGCGGCCCACAAGUUUCCCUGCAUGUUCUGUGACAAGUCCUUCAAGAUGCGCCGCUAUCUCGAGGAACAUGUGGCCACGCAUACGGGCGAUCGUCCCAUUGCAUGCGCCUACUGCAACAUGGCGUUUCGCUGUCGAUCCAACAUGUACACCCAUGUGAAGACCAAACACAAUAUCCAGUGGCAAAAGGCGCGCGCCGACCGCGAAUCAGCCAAGAUCAACAGCAACAACAAUGUCCAAAUCCAGCGAACCACCAAUGGGGACAACAGCGACAAGCUUAUGGAUGCACUCAAUGUGCCGUCCACUGAGCUCAAGCCGACAGUCAAAUUAGAAACUUCCGAUGCCACUCCAGCUCCAGCUCUAACUCCAGCUCCAGCUGCAGCUGCCUUAGCAGCACCACAGCCGCAGCAGCCACCGCCACCGCAAGCGCCGCUGGUGCCACCCAGCAUUGCUGCCAUCAAGUGCGAGCCGAUGGAAGCAAUCAAUCUGACGAUGGCCAAGGCGCCGACGUGUCCAUUGCCAGCCGCCAAGCGAGUGACUCGCUCCAGCCGCCGCAAGACGCAUCUGCCAAAGAAGGUGGAGCACACGACGCGCAGUGGCAGCGUCAGCGAGGACAGCAGCAACGAGGAGGCACCGCCCGAUCCUCGCGAGAAGCGCUUGAAGACAACCGAGCUGCAGACGUGCAAGGAGAACGAACUGCUGCUGGCCAACUACAAUGCGGUGGCCGCUGUGGUGGCAGCAGCCACGCAGCAACAGCAGCAGCUGUGCGCCACAAUUAUGCAGCAGCAUCAUCAGGAGCAGCUGCUGACGUCGAUGGCAGCGGUCAGCACGAGUGCCAGCAGCACGACUGCAGCCGCAGCAGCAGCAACAGCAACGUUAAAUAGUCAAAGCAGCACAUCAGUGGCUGUGGCGCCCGCUUCCUGCUCCCUGCCAGCUGCUGAGCCCUAUACAUGUAGCAUCUGUGGCCAGCAGCUGCGCAAUCAGCGCGCGCUCAAAAAUCACCUGCACAACAAGCACAAUGCGAUGCCAGCACCGAUAGCAACAGCAACAGCAACAGGGGCAGGAACAGCAACUCCGACACAGACACAGACACAGUCAAGCACAUCGACAUCGCCCGGUCCCAGCCAGGCGGCGCUGAACAUCUGUGCCAAUUGCGGCGAGCUGCCUGGCCAGAAUCAUCGCUGCCUGAGCAAAGCCAAAUACGCCUGCAACGUGUGCGGCAAGUCAUUCAAAAUGAAGCGCUAUCUGGAGGAACACUUUGCCACACACACGGGCGUCAAGCUGCACACCUGCGCCUUCUGCCCCACAGAGUUUCGCUCCAAGUCGAAUAUGUAUCAUCACACCAAGCGCAAGCACAAAACCGAAUGGGAGCGUUCGCGUGCCACGCGCAAUGCAGCCAAAUCGACGGCGAGCACUGAGCAGCAGCAGCAGCAGGAGCCGGAGCCGGAGCAACUGGAUGAGACAGUCACAACAGUGAAUUCCUAGUGUGAGCAGCGCGGGAGAUUAUGUUAAGCAAGCCAGCGCUGU